UACAACUGAUUCCUCAAAAGAUAUACUAGAUGAAGAAAAUAAAAGUGCCACAGACGGGCAGGAAUUUAUACAAGGAAUUAUUAAUGGCAAAAACAAUGCUUAUAAUGGUAUCAAGUACUUGUUUCAACGUUCAAGCGGCAUUACCUUGGGAACAUUGGUCAUGGUCGAUGCCUCAAGCACCUAUUGGGCAUUUUUUCCGAAGAUAUGAAAAUAAUUUAAUGCCAAUUAAAACACCAAGAAUUCACUGCCAAUGUCCGCCAAAUAAAGAGUGUAAUAUGGAGUACGAGAUCAACAAGGAUAUAAUUUACUUUCAAAAUUUGAAAGGUAUAAUUAAAGACGAUGAAUUGAUGCAACUGAAAGAGGAUUUAAAUGAAAAAAUAAUUCGAAAAAAUAACAAUAGAGGCAAAAUAAUUAAUGAAUCAUUAAUAUUAAAUAGGAAAAAAAGACAUGGCGAUGUUAUAUUAGAUUCAAAAGAAUUAACUAGAGAUUGUUGUUGUCCGACAAGAAUUGUUAAAAUUCCUGCUUUUAUAACGAAUAAGAAGACUACUGAGAAGCCAGUUCCAGCUAUGAUCCCGUUACCAGCUCCUCCUCCCUUACUGCCUAUUCCACUUCCUUUACCAGCACCUAUCCCGCCACCACUACCAGCACCUUUUCCACCCCCUUUACCAUCACCAUAUCCACCACUAAUACCAGCAAUGCCUCCUUUACCAUUUAUGCCUUUUGAACCUUAUUCAAAUCCUAUGAUUCCUAGUUACUCUCCUGCCUUUCCACCCCAGGUAGGCAUGGUACCAGGCUUACCUGGAAUAGUUAGCGAUGAUGGUGUCAUAAAUAUACUGCCUUUCUCGGACGUAUAUGCUGAUGUGCUCGAGAAACAUAAAGAUAGAAUGAUAAGAAGAAAACUGAGUAAACUUUUAUAUAGUCGUGAAUAUCUACAUCGUCGACGCUGGAAAUGA